ACACACACACACACACACACACACACACAUAGUGAUACACACACACAUGAUGAUACACACACAGUACAUAGUGAUACACACACACAGUAUAUAGUAUCAGGCGGACACACACACACACACACAAACACACGCACACAGGCAGAGAGAGAGUGUGUGAGGAGUUAAGAAGGUGGUAGUGAGGCGGACCAGGAUUAGGACUAGGAUCAGGACCAGGAGUAGGACCAGGAGCAGGAGCAAGCGAGUCAUGGACCGCAGGAUGAACUUGAGCGGCGGCGCGGCUGCAGACAUUUUCCACAAAACUCUGAGCGCCGUAUCCGGUAAGAAGAUGGACCCCUUCAGAACCGGCAUGGAGCUUCCCCCGCGGGACCGCCACGACUCGCCCAUCGGCUGCUUCGACCACCAGGGCGACCCGGACCCCAUCCAGCCGGGCGGUCUGGCCGGGGUCCGAGGCGGCGCCCUGGGGUUACCCACCGGCUCUCUGUGCGUCAAGUACGGGGAGAGCGCCAACCGGACGUCGGCGGCAGCAGCAGCGGCGGCGGCGGCGGCAGCGGAGAGCAGCGGCGGCGAGCAGAGCCUGGACGACGACAGCGACGGCCGCUGCGACAUAGUGCUCCUGACCGACCCUCGGACCGGCCUCCCGGGCAAGGUGGAGGGCGGCAAGAAGACCAAGGAGCAGAAGACCCUGCGGCUCAACAUCAACGCCCGGGAGCGGCGGAGGAUGCACGACCUGAACGACGCGCUGGACGAGCUGCGGGGGGUCAUCCCGUACGCGCACAGCCCCUCCGUGCGUAAACUCUCCAAAAUCGCCACCUUGCUGCUGGCCAAGAACUACAUCCUCAUGCAGGCGCAGGCCCUGGAGGAGAUGCGGCGGCUGGUGGCCUACCUCAACCAGGGCCAGGCCAUCUCCGCCGCCUCCAUACCGGCCACCACCGCGUUGGCCGCGCCGCCCGGCCUGGGCGGCUACGAGCAGCCGACCGGCUUCCCCUUCCCCGCCGCCGGGGUGGCGUCGUCCUCCUGCCCGGACAAGUGCUCCUUGUUCGGCUCGGCCGCCUCCAGCCUGUGCAAGCAGUGCACCGACAAGCCUUAGCCCCGCGCGGCCUCCGCUUCUUGGGACACUUUAGGAGACCGAGACCGGCAAGGUUAGCGACUUCUACCGAUCGAUACUUUUGUAAUAUUUACAUCUUUUUGGUUGAGACGAGACUUGAUUGUGUACAUAAGUCAUCCUUCAAGUGCUGCUGCGAAUGCGAGUGGAGACCAAACCAGCUUUUUUGGGACGUUUUUUGCUGACCUGACAACUUUUUUUGUUGUUUUUUAAGGGUUGGGGUCUACCUUUCUCUGCUGCUUCCAUUUUUAUUUUUUUAUUUUUAUUUUUUACAUUUUUUUUAUUGGCUUCUCAAUCAGAGAGUUGUAGAACAUGAAGAAUGUGACAAAGAAGGAACUUCUUCAUUCCUCUUCAUACUUUUGUGUCUUUUAUUUAUUUCAAUUUGCACAUGGUGGUCUUAUGAUUAUUAUUAUUAAUUAUAAUUAAUAAUAUUUGAUGGAUGCUUGUCAGGUCAAGGGGAUCCGUGUCGAUAUUUCACUUAUUCUACCCUCAGAGGGCCCGUUUGUAUGUAUUUGAGUGUGGAAAAGCUUUAUUAAAAAUAUUUUCAACAACAGAAAAAAAACACUAU